AUGGCUGUAGAGUUCAAGCUUUUAACUGGAAAAGAAAAUACUAGGCCGGAAAAAAUUCCAAUAAACGUUAACUGGAAUAAACCCUCUAGAGGUCUCAUCAAGCUCAAUAUUGGUGCCUCCUUCAAUGAGGACCAAUCACUCUAUGGAUUUGGUGGGGUGUUCAAAGACAACUAUGGCCAAUGGAUAGUUGGCUUUCAUGGAAACACCCCAGGAACUUCUGCACUUCAGGCAAAAUUAAUGGCCCUGAAUAUUGGUUUGAAAACUGCCAUUAGGCAAGGAUUUACAAAAUUAGAAGUAGAAACAGACUCAACCGAUGUUAUUACCUGUUUGGAUAAUGGAAUAAUAUUACUUGAUGAUAUUAUUAACGAGUGUAGGUUGUUAAUGGGACAAGUGAAGAUCCAGGGAGUACAUCACAUCUUCAGGGAGGCCAACAAGCCGGCACACAUGCUCGCUAAAGAAGGGCUGAGUGGCAACAACAACAUGGAUCUUAAUGUUAUCUACUAUGCACCUUAUUUUGUAACCAAUAUCUUGAAAUCAGACUAUGAAGGAAAGACUUAUGCCGUUAGGUUCUUUAACAAGGAUGUUUGCUCUAGGCUAGCAGCUUUUGGUAACAAAAAUAUCCUAAGGGGCAUGUUAUUAGUUUGUAAUAACCAAGUAGGUAAUGCCCCUCCCGGCAACAUGAACAACAUUAUCUCUACUAUUUCGUGA